UAACGCCAAAUACCCGCAUUUUUUCUUUCUCCCACUUCUACUUUACUCUCUCUCUCUCUCUCUCUCUGUUUUUCAGAGCAUCAGAGGAGAUAUUUGUGUUGUUGUGUUGGAGUUGUUUAGAGAGAAAUGGGUGCGUGUGGUUCGGCUCAUAGGGAAUCCGGGUCAGCCUUGAAACUCGGAAUGACAUUCGGGUCCAAACCCGGCAAGCUCUCCUCUAUUCCACCGUCCCCGGUCAAAGAGAAACAGGCUACCAACGGUGGCCGUCCGAUCAACGAUCAGUGGUCGCCUGCUCGCUCCACAGCUUCGGCUUUUCGAGACUACGUAGGUAGUAAAGAGGAUGCCUUCUUUGAUACCAAGCCUUGGUUGGAUUCAGAUUGUGAAGAUGAUUUCUACAGUGUCAAUGGUGACUUCACUCCAUCACGUGGUAACACUCCGGUCCAUCACAAAUUCUCUCAUGUCAACAAAACUCCUAUUCCUGUUUCUAUUCCUGCUCCAUCUCCAAUUGAAAAGAAAAAAAAACUUGCCGAUCUCUUUCGCGAGAGCUUCAGUGAUGGUGAUGAAGCUGAUGAGGCAAUGGAUGCCUCAGGUGAUCAGACCAUGACUAAUGGAAAGAUGGGAGUGAAGCCUACUCAAGACCUCCCUCAAAAAUCUCGGAAUGGUACUCCUUUUUCUGGUAGCGAAAGGACAUCCAAUGAGGAUCUAAGUGAAGGCAGGCCAAUUAAGCCUACACAGUGCUGCCUACCUACCUUUGUUUCUUUUUGCAGCCCCAGUCAGAGGAGGAAGAUGAGCCCUACCAUUGCAGUAGCUGAGAAAGCUUGAUUCUGACACCGUGACACAAUGUAAAUGAAGAAGCGAAGUACCUGUUCAGAGACUAAACUUCGACCUCCAUAAUUUGUGAAGUCCCAUGUAAUCCCUGCUGUUGAAAUUAUGAAUUUUGGGAUGGAGGACAUGUAAAGAGUAAACGGAAGAUUUCCUAUGAGAUUAUAUUGCCCAUGUAGUAGAUAUAAAUAGAGGAGAGAAAUCUUGGAUACAAAUUUUCAAGCUGCAAUCACCUCUGCUUUGUUGCAAUACCAAGAGGACUAACUUAUCUAUUGCUGGCUGCAGUGAAUAAGUUAUUUACAUA